AUGUCACCACAACUACCUGAUAGAUCACCAGCAAAUAUGCCAAAUCUUCCAUUAGAUUUUAAUUCAACAACUUCUGAUACAACAACAAUUAAUACAAGAUCUAAUAUUCCAGUAAAUGCUCUACCACAACGACCAAAUUUUGCAACACAAACAAUAACAACAAAUGAUACAACUCAACCAUUCAAUGUUUAUGAUGAUUUAAAACAAAUAGAUAUAUCAAUAGAUAUUGAAUCAAAUUAUGAUGAUGAAAUAAAUGAUGUUCUAUCAAUAGCAGAAUAUGAUAUUGCUGAUCACAAUGAAAAAGAACAAAUGAAACAAAACAAAAUGAAUCGAAUAAAUGAUAAAAAUAAUAAUAAAAAGCUUAAACGGCGAAUUUAUUUAGAAUCCAAUCGAAUAAUGCGUUACAUGCAAGAUAAUUCAUCAGUUAUUGUUGGUGGUCGUGGUAAUCAAGCUUAUAUAUUAGCUACAGCUCCAAUAUAUGAUGAAUGGAUUCGAAAUAAUUAUGAGCAUCAAUUUUGGCAAACAUAUUUUAAAAUGGACACACAAGAUAAACAUUGGACAAAAGAAAAAAAUAUCAAUCGAUUAACAAGUAAUAUAGCUCAAGCGAGUGCUACAAUCACGAAUCUACAAGUUCAAUUAAGUACUUAUUGGACUCAAACUACAGCUGGUGCAAUAAAUCCAAGUACUGCAACAACUUCAUCAUCAGCAGCAAAUACUGCUGAAAAUAAAAUUAGAUUAGCACAAGUACAAAUAGAAGCGUAUAAAGCAUUAGAAGAUUUCAAAGAAAUAGCUACUCCAAAUCAAUGGAAUAUUCAUUUGAUGUUAAAACUAAAAAUGAAACAAUGGAGUACAAAAAAUAAAAAUUAUCAUACAGCUAUCAAACGUAUAGAAUAUGAUUUACCUCCAAAAUUUAUUUCAAAUGCUAAUUUUACUUUUAAAAUUGAUGAAUCAAUAAUAAGUAAAGAAGAAGCUCAAAUGUUAUAUGAUCAAAUGCGUCAAUUAACUAAAGAAUAUCGUAUUCAAGCAAUGUCUUUAUAUUAA